GAGGGAGUUUGCAGCGACACCAAAGUGCGCUAUCAGCUGCCGAAGGCUGGACGGACGAGCAGUGUGGGACUCUGAUAGAGAGGGGGACGACAGAGAGGGUGGAGGGGGCGAGGCGGAGGACUCCCUCGACGUUUUGUCGGCGGUGACGGCGGUACAGAUGGGCGCGACUCUGCUCAGCUGAGCCGGACACUGAUCCAGCAGCAGCGGCCGCCACAUCCAGAGCUGAGCGCAGCUGGACAGCCCGCAUCCUGCGAAUGACACUCGGCUAUCAAUCGGCGCCAUGCUGCCCCGAAACCUGCGAACAGGUGGCUGUGACCUGCCGGGGGUGGAGUCUAGCGAAGUGCCUCUCAUUGGCUACCGACCUUUACCACCUGACAGGGGGACCCCGAGCAACCAAUCAGGGAGGAGGGCCAUCGGCGAUGAAGUGGACGCUCCACAGGCAGAGCCCUCACCGAUGAAGACCACCUGGUACUGUCCUCUGGAUCUGUCCACUGUGGUGGAGGAGGAGGAGGACGGAGUGAUCUACACCGUUGUGGUCAAACAGCAGCACGGUGCUCCUAACAGUCCCAUGUCGGCGGUCUCUCGCUCACAGUGUGUGAAGGCAGGGACAGAGGAGAAGCUGGUGCUGCACCUCCUGCACUCCUUCUCCAUGGGAGACUCCUCCUUCAUCACCAUCUUCCUCUCCACCUAUCGAUCCUUCACCUCCACGGAGAGAGUGCUGGACAUCCUCACCGACAGGCUGGAGAACCCACCCGGGAACAGCCAGCAGAGCCAGACGAGACAAUCUUUCAACAAGGCGGUGUGCACGGUGUUCAGCACAUGGCUGUCCGAGUAUCCCGAGGACUUCCAGAGUCUGGGGGAGCCCUCUCGCCUGCUGCGACUGGCUCCCCUCCUCCCCCAGGACUCCUCCUCUGCAGCCGACCUCCGAGCUCGCCUCCUCAGGAUCGCCGAGGAGCUCAGUGAGAAAGCCCUGCUCCCCGACGCCCAGAGAGGUCAGAGCAGCGCCACCAGUCCUCCUCCUGACCCCUCCAAGUUCGAACCCACCAGCAUCCUGGGAUUCCCUGCAGCGCUCAUCGCCGAGCAGCUCACCAAGAUAGAGACGGUGAGUUCACUUCCAAAAGAGGCGCUGAGGAGGUACGAGGAGCUGUCGGAAAUAUUCUCAGACAAGGACAACUACUCACAGAGCAGAGAACUCCUGAAGGAGGAGGGCACGUCGAAGUUCGCCAACCUGGACAACAGGCUCAACAACAGACACCUGAACAGGUCCAACGCCCAGGGCACCGUGCCCUACCUGGGUAUCUUCCUCACAGACCUCACCAUGCUGGACACGGCGGUCAAAGACAGGCUGGAUAAUGGCUACAUCAACUUUGACAAAAGGAGAAGGGAAUUUGAGGUUUUAGCUCAAAUCCGCCUCCUGCAGUCUUCCUGCAAAAACUGUGUUUUCAUUGCUGACGAGGCCUUCGUGCAGUGGUACCACAGCGUGCCCACGCUGACGGAGGAAGAAAGUUACAGACUGUCCAAUGAAAUCGAAGCGCCCGGAGAGCCGAGCCCUCGUGGCCUUACCCCGACAGUCAUCAUCACACAGUGCCCAGAUCUGAGCACCUCGAGGACCAGCCUGGCGGGCGACAGCGACAGCCUCUUUGACUUCCAAUCGCCGGUCAACAACCUGCUCUCAAAGCUCACUAAGCACAUGAGGUCUCCGUCUGUGUCCUGUCUGGAUGUCGACACGUCGCCUCCCACCAACGACUCCACCCCCGCCGCUCUGACUCCCACCACUCCCACAAAGUCGCACCGCCGCUCGGCCUCCUGCGGCAACAACCCCGCCGGCGGCGUGCCAGGGUCGGGGCCCGACAUGCGGAUCAUCAGGAUACGGAUGGACCUGCAGGACGGAAACCUGUACCGCAGCAUACUGGUUACGAGCAAUGACAAGACCCCCACUGUGAUCAGCUCUGCCUUAGAAAAACACAAUCAGGACCCCAAACCGGCGUCCAGAUACGAGCUGAUCCAACUCCUGCCUGAAGGAAAAGAACUGGUCAUCCCCGCCACAGGAAACGUCUUCUACGCCAUGACGCCAUCCAGCGUUGACUUCCUGCUGAGGAGGAAAGGCGGGAACCCUCCUCUUGGCUCGCAGCCAAUCACCACGGAGACGAGCGCCACUUUUCCUCGAAUCAAGGCCAAGGGGAGGAGACUGGUCCGGACUCUGUUUUGACGGAUGUUUCUUCGCAUGUCCGACAUGAACCAUAACCGUGGCCUUCUCAGUGCAAAAACAUAAAGAAAUCUACACAUGCCUUUCUCUCCCCGUGCUCCGACCAAGUUUGUUCUACGGGAACACCGAGAACAAGCCUUCCUGUUUAAUCGGCGGCUCCACACGGCAGGGCGUGGCGGGCGCUCCACACCUCCGGCUGCUGCUUCCACCAUCUGCUGCUGAAGACCAGCGUCGGUGUUCCUCUGUCCCAGCAGUAUGCAUUACUAAUUCUCACCCAGAGGGAGAGCAAUGGCAGCCUCUAACGGAGUGCUUUCGGUGCUGGCUCUCGAGUCCCUGUCAGGUAGCACUUGAUGCUUUUUCUUUUUUUUCCAGCUCAACAAAGAAGAUCUGUUUUAAUUACUGAAACCACCAAGAAGCCCCUCGUUGCUGUGUGCCUCUGCCGUGACUGACAUUUCCAAACAUAAAAAAAAAAAAGUUGAAUUAGUCAGAGCGUGCUUCUGUGAUCACCUCGUGAUGCCGUCGAAGGAUUUUGGACCGUAGACAUGCAGAACCCGUCGGACCCGGGUGCCGGGAGCGGGUGGGUCAGAGAUGGUAAAAGCUGGAGAGCAUCGCUGUAGCAAAACACUGGAGAAAUAUCUAUGUUUUGUACAUAUUUAUAUAUUUUGUACGUCUGUAUGAUGUCAGCAUUGUGUUUACACUCGCAAGGAGCUCGAGGUCCACGUGUGAUGAGUGACACAUCCAGGAAGCCCAUCAGAUACCUGCACAACCUCCACUUUAACAGGCCAGCGCGUGUCCACAGACAUUCAGCUUUGAGUCCAGCAGAGAUUCAUUUCAGCACAAACCUAAAGCUGCAUUAAUCUACAUUUUAGAUCGACUGUGAGUCAGAUGACUAUUGAGUGUUUCUGACAUGUUCAUUGGGAAGUUCUUUGAGAUUGAAUAACGUUCUCCAAAAACAUUCUAGAAAUGUUCACUGACAACCACGUCGCCCCAAAUUCUUCAGAUAUUUUCCAGAUGCUACUUUCAGAAUGUUCCUCCUUCAUCAUCCUCCAGACAACCUCUGGAUGUGACUGUGUCUUAGUUCAUCCUGAAUCAGAUAAGAACAAUAUUUAAUAUUAUCCUCACAACGUUCUCUGAACAUUCAAUUUAAAUGGUUUCUUUAAAACAUUAUUAGAACGUGUAGGUAAUGUUACCCAGUGCUAUAACAGGUGUGUUGUUUUGGUUUAAUAGUCUAACUAUAUAAUUCCUCACAGCUAUCAUCAUCACCAGCAGCAGCAGCUCUGAUUGGUCGUCUGUAGACAGCAACCAGCUAAUCAACUAGCAUGUGAAGCAUUUAAAGCCGGAUCGGACCAGAGCCAGAUCUUCUACCCCGGAGCUGCUAGAGACCAAAUUUAAACUAAUUUCACCGUUACAUUAACAGAUAAACGCUCACACUGAUCAGCCACAGCAUCAGAACCUCCAGCAGGCGAUGUGAAGAACAUCAUUCAUGUCGUAACAGUUAAAGGUUCUGCUGGGAAACCUUGGGUCCUGCAUCCACGUGAACGUCACUACGACACUUCUAACCCACCUAAAUAUCGUCGGUGCACUCCGUCACACUGCAAACUCUGCUCAGGAACAGCUCGAGGAACACGACAAAGAGCCCAAGCUGUUGGCCCCGCUUCCAAACUCCUCAGAUCCUAAUCUGAUUCAGCAGAACCAGAACAAGGCUGAUCCUCAGAGGCCACAACCCAAAGGAUCCGCUGCCAGAUCCGGACGCCACAGGGACCACAGAACCGGCCUCAACAAGUCAGAGCUGUUCUGGUAGCCAGAGGGGAUUCUACACCACAUCGGGCCGGUGUGUUUGACGCUGUGGCUGGUCUGUGUGUUUUCCUUGAUUACACGUCGAUACAUUUUUCUUUAUCUUGAACCUCGUGGACUAAAAUGUGAUUACUGCAGCUUUAAACGACACUUUAAAAAUGAAUGGCUUCGCUUUAUUUUAUUACUGUUGAACCAAAAAAAACCUGCAUGGAGCACAAUAAGGAUAAAACAUAAACCUCCACCACCAGUUCUUAGGUUUCAGCAGAGCAUCAGCUAGUUUAUGCAGAUGUUCCAGCAGCUCAGCAGGAAACAUCUCGACUGCUGUUUACACGGAGCAACAAGCCUCAUCUCCAAGUUUUAAAUGUACAACUUUGGUUUAGUUUCAAACAGACAACCUCUUGGUGUGGCGCUCCCCGCUCGGUGCCGGUGAGGCCUCAGUACCGGCCGAGGCACGAGCUAGAAAAAUAAAUAAACAGCUUGACCAGGGAGAGGAUUCUGGGUAAUAAUAGAUGACGUGUGCUAGCAUGAUGCUAUGCUACUGAUUGAUUUAGUGCCUUUCUCUACCGGGUGCUCACCUUUCUCAUGUCUGCAUCAGAAUGUAAACGUGGAGGAAACGCCGCCGCCUCCUCCACCGCUGUGUAGUUCCACAUCAAAGCUAUUUAUGCACUACAUACAGGAUGUCCUAUUUUUGUGGUAAUAAAUUUACUUUUAUAUGAAUUUCACUGCUUUCGGCUGACGUGCUGUGACAUAUGGGAUAGAUAUUUUCCAUGCUGCUGAGUGUCCCACACAGGAAGAGGAUUUACAGCAUCUCUACAUGUCACAUUCUGACGUUUCUAUUUUUCCUCAUAAACAAAGCAAAAUGAAAGAAA